AUGUUGCUUUUCCUUAUGAUGUACGAAAUUCUUGUCGUUAUUGCAAUGUUCAGUGAACAAGAUUCCACCUUUAUGGAUCCUCUUUGUGGCGUAUCUAUCAUAAACUCGUCACUUGAGGCAACAAACGAGAAUCUCCCUCCAAAUGUCAUAAAACAGCUGGCAAAGGAGCUGAAGAAUCUUGAUGAAACCCCUCCGGAGGGCAUUAAAGUUGGGGUGAACGAUGAUAAUUUUUCGGUUAUAUAUGCUGAUAUUGAUGGCCCAGCUGGAACGCCAUAUGAAAAUGGGGUUUUUCGCAUGAAGUUGAUAUUAUCUCAUGAUUUUCCACAAUCUCCACCUAAAGGAUAUUUCCUGACCAAGAUUUUUCAUCCUAAUAUUGCAACCAAUGGCGAAAUCUGUGUGAAUGCUCUGAAGAAAGAUUGGAACCCAACUCUUGGCUUACGCCACGUCUUAAUUGUGAUUAGAUGCUUAUUGAUCGAACCAUUUCCAGAAUCUGCUUUAAAUGAACAAGCUGGCAAGAUGCUGCUCGAAGAUUACGAGGAGUAUGCCAGACAUGCUAGGCUAUACACGGGAAUACACGCCCUCAAGCCGAAGCCAAAGCUCAAAACGGGCCCCAUCUCUGAGUCAACCGCUGCCCUAAAUGUUGACCAAGUCAACGCCUCGACAAAGUGUCCCGAUCAGAAAAACCAUCCCCUCUCAAGCCAGGUUCCUCCCUCCCCACUGGCAACAAAACCGGAAAACGGUCAAGACUACACGGCCGCCACUCAUUCAUCUGCCGGUGGCUCGAAAGCGGCUCCUCCGGCUGCCACCGCCACUGCCCUGAAGAAGGAAGCUGGGCUGAGUAAGGCUCAAUCAGACAAAAAGAAGAUCGAUGCUAGAAAGAAAAGCUUGAUGAGAUUAUGAGAGAGGCUCUUGUGUUAAAAAUUCUCUGGCCAAUAUUUCUUUUGGAGGGGAUGAUAUAAUUUGUACUGUUGGAGAAUUGUGGUAGUGAAAGACUGAAGCUUGGAUAUGAUAAUAACUUGUUCCCUCAUUUGCAUUAUUAUACUUUUUAGCUCCUUUCUUCUUCAUGCCUGGUUAUUUGCUGCAUUUUUUUUUUUUUUGGUUUA